AUGCAUACAAUCAAAAUCAACGUCACAACUCGCCAAAUCGUUGAAUCAUUGUUAAAAGUUGUUACGAUUCGAGGAAAACCACUGGUUGAUCUCAAUAACUUUCAAGUUCUCCUGGCACCGUAUUUCAACGCAUUGAAGACUUGUGGGCUACAAAUUACAUCACGAAACAUUCAUGGUUACAUCAAAGCUACAGCUGCUGUGAUCCGGAAGAAAAUUUCAGCUGAGCUAAAAGAUGAAAUGUUCAACAUUAUGGUCGAUAUCGCAACGAAAAAUAAGAGAUCCAUACUUGGGGUCAAUACAUCGUGUGUUAUCAACGAUCAAACAGUCAUUCGAACGAUAUCAAUGGAGGAAAUUACUCAUCGACACACAUCAGAAAAUAUUGUGGAUGACAUAAUCAAGUUGUUAGAAGAAGGGUUCGGACUUGCACCAGAUCAGGUCUUUUCUUUCAUUGCCGAUAAUGCAUUCAAUAUGAGUAAAGCGGGAAGACUCCUGGAUGAAGCAGCUGACGACGACACAUCUGAAGGUGUUGAAACCAAUGUGCCGAGCCAAGAAGAUGAUGAAGAUGAGCCAAGAAUGCUGACCGAAGACGAAUUUGAAGACGCAAUUUUGAACAUGCUUACUGAUUGCCAAUAUUAUGCCGACCUUAUUUCAAAUGUGGCAGAGAAAUAUGCAGCACGUAACAAAGACAUUCACAUCAAAUCAACAAAUACAAUCGGUUGCGCCAGCCAUUCUUUACAUUUGGCAGUUGAAAAAGGGAUAAAAUCUACAGCUACGGUCAAAAAUUGUAUCACAGCAGCACGCGAUCUUGUCAAGCAACUACGUACACCAACUAUUUUGACUCGUAUUCGGACGGAGACCAGCCACAAAUUACCUCAAAUUGACGUUCCAACACGUUGGAACUCAAAAUAUAUAAUGCUGAAAAGCAUUUGGGAAUUGAAACCGUUUGUGCAGCAACUAGCAGAGGAAGACGCAAAAUAUGGCUUCUAUCAUUGGGAUCAGUUGAGAAGCAUUAUAGAUGUCUUGGUAAUUGCAUAUGUACCAUCUAUCAAACUUCAGGCUGUCAAGUGUACACUCACUGACAUGUGGGCACUGUGGAACAUGCUCCAAAUUCAACUCCGCCGGAACACAACACCACUGGCGAAAAACAUAUUGAAAUGUUUGGAUGAAAGAGAACAUGUAAUUAAAAAUCCAAGUGUUUUUGCGGCUAUUUUCCUUGAUCCACGAUACAAAUCAAUACUGAAUCAAGGCGAGCAACAAGUGGCACUAUGUGAGCUGAUCGCGUUGCACUCAAAAUUACAAAAAAAGAAGCCAAACGAUCAGCAAAAUGACCGUGAAAUGGAUGAACUUGAAGUACUAUUGAUGGCAGCUGAUUUGGACGCAGAUGAAGGCGAUGAAAACCAAGAAAUGGAUCCAUCGGCUUCCGAUUCACCCAUUCAAGAUGAAAUCCAACGUUUCAAGAAAGUCAGACGAAUUGACAGAGAAGUGGAAAUUUUGGCGUACUGGAAGAAUAACAAAGGCAAAUUUCCACUCUUAUACGAACUAGCCAAAGUUCUUUUUGCUGUGCCAAAUGGACAAACGAGUGUUGAGCGAGGCUUUUCUUCAUUGGAUUUCAUUUAUGAUCGCCGCCGAUGUAAUUUGUCUCCCGACAUUUUGAACGACAUUCUCAUCAUUCGCUUGAAUUCGUCGUUACUCGAAGAAUUGGACGACGUUGACUGGGAUGAAAUUUUGGCCAAACAAAUUCCGAAUGAAUAAAAUGUAGAGACUGACUAAAAGUGACUUGAAACCUUUUAAAC